AGCAGCGUCCUACACCAAUCUUCGCCAGCAAGCAUCGGCUUGUACACGAUGCACGUUGUUUUGAGGUGACGACAAUGAGUUUGGACUGCGGAGGCCUGGGUUUCAAAAUGGCCGAUGAAUCGGAAGCGCUGAUGGUACUGACUACUGUGCAAGAAGCAAGCACAUCUGACCCUGCGGUGAACGUUCUCCGCAUCGUUUAUCUUGUCGUCACGAAGUACGCAUGGAUUGCCAUCGUGCUGCCAGGGCUUUUCGGAAAUGUCAUGUGCAUCAUCGUAACUCUGCAGUGUGACAACCGGCGGAUUUCGACCUGUAACUACAUGACUGCUCUCGCCGUGGCAGAUUCGGGUGUCCUCAUCGAGCUCGCAUGGGGGUGGCGUGGUUUGGGUUCAACAAGUUGGCAAAAUCACUUUCCUUCUGAAGUUGCCAUGCAGGUAAUGUGGUAUCAAGCCUACUCCUUUGGUGUCCUGUCUGGUUUCUUUCUCGCAGAGAUGACGGUUGAUAGACUUAUCGUCGUUAGAUUCCCAAUGGCUGCACCAAGACUCUGCAGAACCCGCCGGGCCUGCAUGACCAUAGCUGUGACGUUCGUACUGGUCUGUAGUUUCCAUGUCUACAUGUUCUUUGCCUAUAGAUACGUCCGUAAUGAAGAAACAGCUGAAAUAGACGAGGGUCCUUUGCGAAUGACAGUACCUCACGCCCCCGAGUUAGAAACAUUCGGAAACGCGGUACAAUUGGCAGUUGGAACAGUCCUGCCGUUUUGCCUGAUUGUUUUUUGCAACGUAUGGAUAAUCGUAGUGCUACGGAGAGCAUCCCACAAACAAGGCAAGAUGGGUGUCAGCGAGAAAAAUCGGAAGACGCGAGAGAAGGAGACAACCCACUUGACAAGAAUGUUAAUCCUCGUCAGUAUUGCUUACGUCGUGACGUCAAUUCCGUAUAGGUUGUUUGACAUCAUCAUAGGGAUUCCAGAAGUUAAAGGUCAUUACAAGAUGGACGAUGAAUACUGGAGAUUACGCCUAAAUUGUCAGCAUAUCGUUAUAAUCGCUUUUUGGAAUGUAAAUUAUGGGAUAAACUUUUAUUUGUAUUGUUUAGGAGGUGGAAAGAAAUACAGAGAUGAUGUUAAGCAGAGAGUGUUUAAAUUUGUAUCGUGUUGCAAAUCGUAA